GCUGCGGCAAAGACUAUCGUAGUUAAGCUGCGGGAGGGAGAGACACAGACAGAGGGGCUGGGACCAACGUAGCGGGGGCAAGCGGAGACCCAGCGAAGGAUCCGAGGAGACCCGAAGCCGUCGCCCCAACUUCGGCUAGUCAUUCGUAGAAAAGCGCCGCAGCACCAGCACCUCACCAGUCGGCGAGCGGCCGCGAAGCGAAGCGAUGGCGGCAGCGGGGCGGGGGUGGAAGUGCGGAGUCUGCAACGCCAAGGCGGGGGACCUGGUGUGCGGCGCGUGCGUGACGCGGGAGGCGGAGCGGCGGAGAGCGGAGAGAGCCAAGCGGUUGGGGGCACUGGAGAGCGUUCGCGAGGUGGCCACUGUCGCGGCGCAGGAGCGUGGAGUCGCCGUUCAGCACAACGCGCGGCUGCAGAAGGAGGAAGCCGAUGAGUGCCGACUGAAGGAUCAUGUCCGCGAGGUUGCCAAGAGGGUCGCGGAAGAGCGAAUCAAGGUAGCGAGCGCGGCGUUCGCCCUGAAGCAUCACCGCGACUUGCUCGCCGCGGCGGAGUCGCACCUGUCCCGCGAGCAGGCCUCGGCGGCGGAGAUGAACGAGGCGCUCCUCGUCGGCCUGAGGCGGCACGCCGAGGACGCCGCGCGGACGCUCCGCCAGAGGCGCUGGCGCAAGGUGGUGCAGCUCUUCGUGCUCCUCCCCGUGGAUCCGUCGAUGCCGCCGCGCCGAGAACGACCGCCGAAAAGCAAGAAGAGCUGGGGGGGAGCGGACCACUCUCCGGGGACCGCGCCGUCGACAGCGGAGGGAGAGGAGGGCAGGGGGGUAAUUAGGUUGCCACCGCCGGGCGGCGGGGUGGCGAAGGCCGGGGGCGGCGGCGCAGGGGAGGUAGUCAGCGGCGUGAGUACCCUGGUGGACCUCCCUUUGCCGAACAACGGGGACUACAGCCGUGAGUGCUCGGGACGGAUGAGGGUGCCCGCAGAAGUGUUGAUGGCCUCCCUGACUUUGGUGGCGCGCCUCGUGGCCUCUGUGGCGUCCUGCCUCGGCGUGUCUCUGCCGCACCCGCUUUUCCCGGCGGCGUCGACACGAUACGCGACAAUCUCGGUCGACUCGUCGCCGAGAGAAAGAUCUAGCCAGUACCCCUUGUGCCCUCUGUCCAAGCUGGCGGAGAUAGGGGUCAUGGGAGCAGCUUCUGCGGUGUGCAAAACCAUGGGUGCUUUCGACACGGCGCUGGAUCUCCUUCGAAACGAUAUAGUGCAUCUCUGCGUCGAAGGGGCUAACGUCCCUGUGGAUAGCCUGUGGCCCGCGGAAGCACUCCUUCUCAAUCUCUGGGAGCUACAGCAGCACGCAAUGUCAGAGCUUCGAAGUUCCUCCCCAAUGGUGGACGUCCCGCUGCCAAUGCCGCGGGAUCCUCCCGAGCGAAAGAGUGCCGGGUUUCAUCGCCACGGCUCGAGAGGGGGCGCGUCCGGCAGCAGGGAUCGGGCAUCAGCAAAGGCAUCAGCACAGGCACCUGAUGGGUACCGUCGCCGGAAAACAGCGGGCAUGAGGAGCAGGCUAGGGUUGGGGCUGGGUUUCACGACCGCCACGUCUACGCCCCCACCGCCGCCGGCAACCGAGGCGGGGACAGCCUUGCCAGGAGGGGGGAUGGAAGAAGACUAUGAGUUUGUUGGCGGCGGCGACGGCGGCGGGAGCGGCGGCGACGACGGAGUAGAGGACGACGACGGAGGUCGGGAUCGGGGGAAAUUGCGAUCGGAAGAGGCUGAUAAUCCUGGGGGUAGCGGUUGGCGGCCGCGGGAAGCGUUGGGGGGAAGGUUGGGCUGAUUUAGUAUCAGGCCGAAGAGGGGGCGUACUAGUCUGGUCGCUUCAUUUUUGUUGCGCCUUCGCCGCCGGGUCUCUGUUUCCGGAGAAAUAGUUGAGGUGCGUCCUUGUGUCCUUGUACAAAUGUUGACGCAGGAUGCGUGGAUGUGAUCUCAAGCAUGACGCUCUUCUACGCUUGUUGGUUGUAUAGUGUAAAUGGGUUGGUGUUGUCCCAUGGGGUGUUGUGCUCUUUGCUGGUUUGCAGUACGAGUCUUGGAUGGGCUUCACCCAUGAGGUGGAAGAGACAGAGACAGCAGUAUGGGCAGCCGUGCAACAAGUGUUGCUGUUGGUGUGCAAAGUGUGAAUAGGUGUGAAAGAUUGUUACUCGGAAUUGGUCUGGGAUACCUAAAAAUAGCAUCUCGAAUGCGAUGUGUUUUUUGUAGGAUAUCCUGGAACUCUGUGAACCGGAACUACAUGUUACAACAACACUUGUUGUAGCACAAAAACAGCGAUGAUGGGGGGAAUCCUAUAACUUCUGCCGUAUCAGCUGAAUAUUGCUUUGCCGUGAGGGUAGUCGAUCACAGACAGCAGUAGUGAUGCGUUCGACGCACCCCGAUCUGUUCGCCGCAUCUGCCACGUCCGAGCGCGAGCGUCUUGUAUUCUGUGGGCGAGUCUUUCUGUUUGUGUGGGUCCGAAGUUUAGGGAGACGCCAUCGGGAUCUGCAGAACUUCUGGUUGCGCAUCGUACGCCGUAUGGAAAUCUCCGGUGUUCGUCUUUGAUUGUUCGACGCGUUUGGAUAUGUAUCGAGAAUCGAGUAUCGCGAAACUCUGUUCAUUGUUCUUCCUCAGAUACUCGCAUGUGUUUUUUACUCGUGUUUUUUAUCGGUAUCCAAGACAUGACGAUAGUUGGACCCGUAUGCUGUAGAUUCAACUUCCACCUAGCGAAGAACGGGUUCGGACUCCAGCUGGUGCUGAUCCUGCCGAUUUACUUUAUUUCUCCGACGGGUGUGUGUGUUUGUGUCUGACGCGGGCACACACCCUGCGCAGAGCUGAGAGUUGUGAAACAGAGGGAGAGAGACACUCGCCACCCAAACCGGUUGUCCCCUCUCUUGCAGGGUGACGUUCAAAUCAUGUGCACAAAAUGUAUGACGGACGAUUUCCUUGGAGACUCCACCGGAUUGACGACAAUGCGAACAAAUUCGCCCGUUGCGUGGGUGUGGCAACAUGUUGGUGGUGCGCACCGUUUCAGCUGAUGUGCUGAUGUAUAGAUCCGAGUGAUCAUAUAUCUCCUACUCUCUCACUCUCGUGCGCGAAACGCAUGGCGAUGACCGAAGUGUGUUCCGGCUGUGCUUGCUGGGUGGAAGAGGGCUGUUUGUACUGCAGACAUUGCGGCGCUGCUCGCCCCUCGCGGCGUUCUUCUCUGACCCUGUCCACGUCGCUCUGCAUGGUGUACAGAGGUACCGGGAAGGAGCGGGGAACAGCAACCGUAGCGUCGAAGGCACGUAGAGAGGGUAAAACAUCCCUGCGGCGGAGACGGCAAUCAUCUGAGAAUAUUCGCCAUCAGCUCCAGCAAGUGAGUAUCACAUCAAUUGUCAGAGCAUACUACAAUUUGUUUCUCUCCUCUCUGGCGGGCUUGGCAAUUACAGUCCUCACCUUACUAUUAUACUUCUAUAUAAAAAUAGUCUAUGUCACUUGCCUGACUAAGGAAGUGGCCUACGUACAGCAGUAUUCUUGUAUCAUUCGGGCAGUUUGUCUCUCUUUGCUCGGCACGACGUUCACUUGCACCAUCUGCGUAGAUAGACUUGUUAGUGUUCAAUUCUUGUUGCGGGCGAGGGCAAACGAUUGCUCUUUUUCAAUGCUCACAAAGUUUUUGCUGCCAUUUAUCGUUCACAAGUAGCGGUGUGCCCCUCCUGCAGUCUUGAGUGUGUGCUACACGUUUUAGGCGAGUUGUUCCGCGCAAGUUUCAUUCGGGGAGUUCUAGCUUAGGAUUUUACUUGUAGUAAAACACAAUGGCAGAGGAUCGGGCGAAGAUCAACCGCCGUGUUCAUUGUUUGACACCCCGUACAUUUUAUCCAGCCACGACACGCUCCUGUCCUCCCCAAACCGGACACGACACAAAUUGAAAGUGGCAGAAGAAGUCGGACAUGCAAGAGUGCUUGCUUCAAGACCUGCAGCGAUGCAACAGAACAACUCUCCAAGCGGCCGCCGCCAAGGUUGAAGCUGACCUUCGCCAGAUCGUACAUGCUGGGCGCGCACUUGUAAAAAAGUGGCCUCUGAGCUCUGCACCAAGAAAGUCAUCGUCGGCACCGCCAACGACCGGCAAGAAAACAACAGCGUCGUUAGCUAGAGCUUCAGGCAUUGCAACAGAGAGUGCUACCGAUGUGUUUCUCGCAACAAUCCGUGAGCACGACGAGCUGUACAGACCGCACCAAUCAGUCUGUUCACCGUCGAGUUUUCCUGUCGUCCUCAACGGUACUACAGCCCAAACAAACCCAAAAUUUCGCAACAACACUGGUGUCGUCCCACCCGAGGCGAAGGCAAGAGGGUGCGUGCAUCACGACCUUCGAAACAGCAAGGCCGAGGCUUCGGGGAAUGCAGCAGCACAACCGAGUGGGUGGUUCUGGGGUGCUGGAGGAUCCAGUCUUGGUGUUGGCGGGAGUAGUAUUUUAGGUGGUAAUAGCCGUGUUGAUGUAGGUGUCGGUAUCGACGUUGCCGCGCCUGGAGAGGGAACCGUGGCGGUCUUUUGGCGAGAGCGAGGGAAAGU